UUGCAGAUCAAGGACCAAAGUGUAACUGAACAUCCUCAGUUUAAGGACAGAGUGUCCCUAAACCCCACAAACUACAGUUUAACAGUGAGAGGACUGACUCUUCAAGAUUCUGGUGAAUUCAGUUUUGUCUCAGAGGUGAAUGAAAAACAAAGGCCUACAGUCACUGUCACUCUGCAGGUUCAUGCUGACCCUGUCCUGACCGUCAAUUCCACCUGGCAUGCCUCGAACGAAUCCUGUACAGUUUUGUUGGAGUGCACUGUAACCUCUGACAGCGGUGUCACCUACAAGUGGGCCGUGAGGAACCAGAGCCUGAGCGGCUCCAGGUUGCAGUACAUCCUCAGGCCACAGGAUGGAGAAACCACAUUCACCUGCACUGUCUCAUUCUUCAAGGAGAAUCUAGAAAUCUGUCUUCAAAACAGUGAAUGUAGCAACAAUAUAUCUGACACACAUGAAGCUGAGUCCAGCUCUUCAUCUCUUGUGGCGUUGAUUGUUCGUCCGAUUAUUGGAAUUUUGCUGAUUAUUCUGCUGCUGCUCUGCCUGCUUCACAACACAAAGAUAAAAGAUGGAUGGUGUAACAGACCCACUCAAACAGGCAACCAGGAUGAAACUCCACAGCAUGUGUACUCCUCUCUUCUACACGGUGAUGGCUCUGUCUAUGAAACAGCGAAAGCCUCUGAAGAUGCCUGGAGUCAGUUCAUCUCAAUGAUCCUGGUUAGCAGAAAGAGCACACAGGCUUAGUGUUUUAUGUUGGCACAGAUUGUGAAAUAGAUUGUUCUCUCAGUUAAGCCCCUUCUUCCUCUCCUUAUUAUCUCUAUUUCUUUAUUAUGUGCUUUUACAACCAGAUAAAUCGAUAUACUGUAAACUUUCACUGUAACAUGAGAACACACUAAGUAUAGUGUCUAAAUGUUACAAUUGUGGAAACACAUCUCAGUAAGAGGAACUUUCAGGAUGAGCUGUACCCACUCACACUGACUGACAGUGCCUUGCCUUGUUUCGCCUUGGUUGCCAAUAACUAGAGGUGUUGAAAUACUGGAUCUUCCCUCUUUUGGAUUCAGUUGUUUCUGUGGCAGCUUAAGCAAAACACGUUGUCUCAAAUUUCAAGCAUAUUUAAAAACAAUCAGAGAAACGUGAGGAUAAGUGUUCAUUUUAAAGUCCAAUUGAGAACAGCCCUUGAUAACAUCUUAGCGUUAAUGUUGCUUUAAAUGUUUAAAACAGUAUCACAGACAUCUUUUUUCCUGCGACAACAGCUCAAACCAUGUCUCUCUUUAUCUCUAUAUAUGUCUUUUUUUAGUAGUCUGCUCUGAUUUGGUUCCAUGUCCAUACAGAGAAUUGCAUCAUCAACAAAACAAGAGAAGCACGGAUGGAAACUUGAAAAACAACGUUCAAGUUUAGGUAGUUCUUGCAGCAUUUAUAAAACAUGGGAUAGUUAAGAGUUUAUUCUAUGAGGUAUGGUUCUAUAUGGGUACAAAUUAGUUCAAAGUCAGCAUCCAAGUCAGAGUUCAGUGAGAACAAAUGUCAAGAAUUGUUUUUAAAAUGUGAUUAGCUGUUGUUAAAGAGAACAGAUUUUGAUGCAUGAAUGUGCAUUCAUCUGUCUUUUCAACUCAGCUGUAUAGACAGCUAGCACUGCUUCUCGUGCUAUAACCUCAUGAUUUCUAAACUAGCGGUCAGUAUCGAUUUCACACUGAUAUAAUUUUAUCAUGCAUACAUCAUGUGUAUACUUUUAGCCACUUGAUGGUACCCUGUGGUUUCUCUUUCAGUGACCAGGCAGAUCAGUCUGCCAUGAUGGUUCCUGUGGCCAAAUGUCUAGUAGUUGCAUCUGUGACUUCAUGUACUGUAUGAUGGAUAAUUUAAUUAAUCUAAAUUUAAAUUUAAUCGAAAUUAAAUUUAAUCUGAUGUAAUAACUGUGUAUUAUCUUUUUUUUAACCUAUCUAUUUAAAUAAGGUAAAUAUGUGUGAAUAUUGUGUGGCAUCAGUUUUAUGUCACAGUAGUCCUACCUUGGUAGAAAUAUUAUUUUGAAAUAAAUAAAUACACACUCUUGAA